UGGAAAUGCCUCCAUUACCUCAUCCAUUAGUUGGAAUGGCAACAGUUCAAUGGAGAGAUCAAGUUGUUCUUCUUGGAGGUCGUAACGACAAUGCUGACAUAUUAAACGAUGUAAUCAUGUAUGACAGUAAGGUAGGUGAGAUUAAGGUCUUACCAUCCAUGUUAAUAAAUAGAGUUGGGUGUUGUGCUGUUUUGACAGGAGAUACAAUUGUCGUCAUGGGUGGUGUGAAAAAUCAAUAUCUUAAAUCAGUGGAGUUUUUUGAAAUGGAAAGCAGUUUUUGGAAAAAGCUUCCUUCAAUGAACGAAGCACGAAAAGAAGCCAUUGCUGAAGUUUUACCCAUAACACCAAAGUGCAACAUUUCAAUGGAAAAAAGGAAGAAAUCAUGGAAAGAAACAAAAAAUGUCAAAAAAAGUUGUUCUACCGACAUCAAAAACACUAGGGAAGCGGAUGAACAAGUUGCCCAAUCCUUACCAUCAACAAGUCAAGCAAAGGGGAAAACAGGAAGUACAGCGACACAAGAUGAUGAUGAAGAUAGUGAUGAGAAAAUUGUUAUUAAAGUUGAAGAAGAAGAUGGUUUGAAAAUGGAGCCAAGCUAGUAUCUUCGCCAGUGAACUCUACAAGAAGUUAUUCGGAGGUCACUUAUCUGCUCUGGCAACAUACAAGACAUACUCGACGUUUAGCUGAACACUUUUCCUUUAUUUAGUACAGAGGCCACGAUAAUAUUAUGAACUGAACGUAUUAAAUGAAUAACUACUGAUCUAUUCAUUGAGUACUACCUUUCAUAGAUUAUAUUUCUACUUACAUUGUACAUAUCAUAUACUGUAGCAAAUGAAUUCAUUUACAUUGCAUGGAAGAAACCUA